CACAAUAACCUCCCGACACUUGUCUCUAGCCAAAAAUCCACCAAAUAAUCAGACAUUUUCGUAACAUCCUCCCAAUUUUUUAUAAUCUAGUGGAAAUAAUAAUAAUUAUAAGGCAUAAUUAAGUAAACGAGACCUCCAGGAUGGAUAGUCGAUUGUUUAAAAUUUAUAAUCAAAAGGACUUCGAUAGUAUUACAAAAGGGAUUAAAGUCGCCAAAUGCAUGAGACUGAAGUCAUCGAUAGUUCCGGAUCCGGAAACAAUAUUUUCUCAGCUGGAGGACUUGACUGUGUCUGAUUCCCUGAGCUGUUCGUUCUGCAAUAAAACGUUUGAGGAUCAGGCGGAGCAGAGGUGCCACUACAAGCUGGACUGGCACAGAUACAACCUGAAGCAACGACUCCGAGGAUCCAAGUCGAUAACUGAAGAUCAGUUUGAUAUUCUUGCUGAUGAAGAUGACGUCUCGAGCCUCUCGGGCUCCGAGUCCGACCCGGAGAAUGGCUCUGAGACGAACUCCACGGACACGACGACUCCGAGAGCUCUGGACGAUUCCAAGUGCUCGCCAAGCAGUAGCUCGCGAGCUAAAAGGCUCGAUCGCAAGCUCAUGAUUGCUUGUGUCUCCUCCGAUUCCGAGACAGACGAGACAUCGGAGGCUGCCGAGAGGCGGAAGCAUGACGCCCUCACCGCUACUGCCAGUCGACACUCGAAGGUCUUCUUCGAGAACUCCGAAGGUAACAUUUUCAGUAUUUACCGUUGCCUCCUGCACUCGAAGAAAUCAAUUCCCUCGUCAAACGACGAGAUGAUCACCCAGGCAUUGAACAGCGGUAAGAAAACAACCUGGACAGUGAUAAUGGUGGGUGGUGGUCACUUCGCAGCAGGAGUUUUCCAGAAUGGCGAGGCACUGGUCCACAAAACCUUCCACACGUACACAGUCCGAGCUAAGCAGGGGUCAAGCCAGUCCCAAAGGGACAACCGAGGUGCUGGCUACCAAAAGAGUGCUGGUGCCAGUCUUCGUCGUUACAACGAGUCCCUUCUGGUGCAGCACGUCCAGGAGAUCCUGGACUCCUGGAGCAGCCACAUCACCAGCUCAUCCCUGAUCCUGUACAGGGCAGUGGGUCCUCAAAAUCGUACCGUCCUCUUCGGCGGUAAGAGCCCUCCCCUCGAUAAAACCGAUCCGAGACUCCGUCCCCUGCCAUUUCCCACGAGACGAGCGACAUUCAGCGAAGUCCAGAGGGUCUACGACAUCCUGACGACAGUCGAAAUUUAUGGUUCUGCCUCUGACUUCACUGACACAUUUCCCAUCUCCCCGAGACAGCCAAUUCGCAGGAAAAUUCCUCGAGUCGAUCUUCUGGGUGAAAUUCCAGAGCAGAAACCUGAGGAGAAAGUCGGGGAACACGCGUCAUCCCCGGAGGAGGUCGAAAUCAGGAGUAAAUCAUCAGGGGAGAGGCAGAAGAGCCCCAUCUGUCAGAUGGAUAGAGCGAAGUCACGAAAAAGCCCUACUAGGUCACGGCCUGAUAUUGACAUGAUGUGGGCGCUGUCCUCUUCUACCGAGUCUGAGGACGACGUGCUCCUCCAGGUGCUGGAACACCUCUGUGGAAUUGAUUUUAAGGAGAAUCUACUGGCCUUCGAGGACACCACUCCCAGGCGCACCAGGCAGAAGAAGAUGAAGAAGCGGAGAACGAAGGUGAAGAAGGAAAAACCUGAGAGAGUUGUCAAUCGAGUGCUCCAGGAGUCGGUGGUGAAGCUGUGGACUGCAUGCAGGAUGGGAAAUGUGGAGUUGCUGAAAGAGACCUGGGGGAUACUCCUGGGGGAGGUCAAGAGGUGGGAGAAUGGGGUGUGGCCACCUGGGGGUGGAGAACCUGGGGAGAAAGAGAAUAAUGAAACCUCUUUGAAGAUGUGUGAACUCCUGGAGGUAAUCAACAAGGGAGAUGACGAGGGAAAUACCCUCCUGCAUAUAGCUGCCAUCACGGGGCACCUGGAGGUCAUUUGGAUUCUCAUGGAGAUGGGGGCAAAUCCCUGUGCGAAAAACAAAAGAUAUCAGACCCCAUAUGCUUCGAGUAAGAAUAAAGAGACGAGGAAUACUUUUCGGAGAUUUAUGGCUGCGAAUCCUGAUAAAUUUGAUUAUCAUAAGUCACAGAUACCUGCACCUCUUACUGAGGAGAUCGAAGCCGAGGAGAUGAACAAGAAGAGGAUGCUGAGGAAGACCAAGAGGGAGAAGGAGAGGGCCAAGAAGAGGGAGUUCGAGAUGAAGAAGGAGGAAGAGAAGUCCAAGCAGAGAUUUCUCAAUCUGUCCGACAGGGAGAAAAGAGCACUGGCUGCUGAGCAGAGGAUCAUCAAGGAGAAUGGGGUUGUCGUUGCCAGGUGCUUCCAGUGCGCUGCUGAUAUGUCUGGGAAGGUGCCCUUUGAAUAUAAUUCCAAUAGGUUUUGCUCCAUGCCCUGCUUAAAGGAGCACAGGCUGCAUAAUAAAUUCACUGCUUGAAAGUUCGUCUGAGGGGAAAUUUUUCCCCUGGAGAAAAAUUAUAUUUGCGGCUUUUCCUCUGGAGGAUAUCUGUGGGGGAAUUUAUUCAGUGGGAAAAGUCCUGGGGAAAUUUUCCUCGGGGGAAAACUCAGGUAUCUCAUUCGAGGGGAAAAAUUCCCAGUUUCCCCAGGGGGAAUCCCCUCUAAGAAUUUUCCCCUGGGAAAAAUAUUCAGGGACUUCGUUUCCGGGAGAAGUUCUCGAGGAGUUUUUCCCCUGG